AUGUCUGAGUCUAUGGCCACGUUCCAGAACGCAUUCUACAUCGGAAACAACUUCAACGCCAUCCUUUAUGGGGUGGAGCUCGUGUUGUACUCUAUGACGGUGCGCGCGAUGUUCGGCAAGAAGACGAGACAAACGCGCUCGAGCAGGUCGAACGCGUUCUUCCUGUUCUUCAGCACCGCGCUCCUCUGUCUGAACACCGUCUUCGUCGCCACCGAGGCCGUGUUCGGCGAGGAAAUGUGGAUCGUGAACAAGGACUACCCCGGCGGACAGGACGCGUACCUCAACGACUUCGCCGCGGUGUGGUACCAGACGUUCGGCACCGCCGCGUCCAUUGCGCUCAACCUGCUGAGCGACGGCCUUCUUAUAUACCGAUGCUUUGUCGUAUGGAAUGACAUCCGCGUGGUAUUAUUCCCAAUCGUCCUGUACCUCGGCACAUUCUCGGUCGGCAUCGCACAGCUCAUCGAGUCGGGGAAACCACAAUCCAGCUACUUCCUGGGGCUCGCGCACACGCUCGGCGUCUCCUACACCUCCUGCGUGAUCAGCCUGAACCUGAUCGUCUCCGGGCUCAUCUGCGGGCGCAUCGUCUACAAGGGGCGCACCAUCGCGCGCCACAUCGGCUUCGACGUCGGGCGCGACUACGUGACCGCGGCGGCCAUUCUGGUCGAGAGCGCGGCGCUGUACGCGCUCACGGGUGUCGCGUACGUCGUCGCGUUCGCGCUCAACAGCCAGCUCGAGAUCUUCUUCCUCUCGAUAUAUGUGAUGAUGACGUGCAUCGCCCCGCAGAUGAUUAUCCUGCGCGUCGUGCGCGGGCGCGCGUGGACGCGCAACACGUCCGCGAUGACAGACACGAACCUCGAGUUCACAAAGUCCGCGCAGGCGGCGACCGAGACGCAGCUCGAGUUUGGCGCGAGCACCGAGGAUGUGGAAAGAAAACACGCGGAGUUCGUCGCCACGCAGCAGUCGAACGCGUCCACUGUGGAUGUGGUAUAG